UGCUUGGUGGAUGGGGAUAAAACCCCAAUGGGAUAUCUUUAUGAGGCCAUGGGGGCCAAGGAGUCUAUCAAAAAUUACUACAAGGGGGAUAGACUCAAAUUUGAUCCCAUUUGGGAAAUUGUUGAUAGGAGUUGGAACAAUCAGCUCCACCAACCCAUUCAUGCAGUAGGGUACUUCCUCAACCCUCAUUUUAGGUUCGGGGGUUCUUACUCAGAUUCGAAUGGAGAAGUCAUGGAGGGCCUUAGUACAUGCAUUGAGAGGAUGGUACUUGAUGUUGAGGAGAGAGACCUCACUGUGAGUGAGCUCCAAAAUUAUGGAGGAGGAAGGGGUAAGCUAUUCUCUUCAGAGCUGGCUAGGAGAGGAAGAACCACACAAACCCCAGAUGCUUGGUGGCGAAAUUGGGGUGGAAACACCCCACAUCUCAAAAAAUUUGCCCUCAGAGUCUUAUGUCAGCCUUGCAGUUCAUCCAAUUGUGAGCGCAAUUGGAGCGUGUUUGAAGCAAUCCACACGAAGAAGAGGAGCAAGUUAGCGCAGAAACAACUCAAUGACCUUGUCUAUGUGCAAUAUAAUCUUCGAUUGCGCAUAAGGAAGGUAGAGGAACUAGAAGGUGGUCCAAUUGACUUGGAUGAUAUGGAUCUUUACAGUGAUUGGACAUCACAGGAGUAGCCUCCAUUGUUUUCUGACACUUACAUCACUGAUUUGGAGAGGCAGGCUAUGGAGGAGGGGGGUGGAUUUGGUUUCAGGCUAGAUGACAUUGAGGAAGAUGAGGAUGAGGAUGAG